CUCGAGACAAAGGGUGAUGAUGAUUCUGUCUUGUUCUAAUCAGGGUGAGUUGUUAUGUCGUGGGUAGGAUAGCUGGAUGGCGUUACUGACCCACACGGUUGUCCUCAGAAUGAUUGGAUUACUGGCUCUACAACACCAUCAACAAAGACUAUGAACAGCUUAUCCUGACAUUUGAGCCAAGCUUUUUCUAUCAUAAAAUACAUGUGCUAUGGCUGCCAACUACUGGGUUUCGACUCAACGUCGACAUUGGCUCUUCUCGAGAGAGAGUUUGGCCGAUGUCCGUGAGAAACAAAAAGAAAAGGACAAGGUUGCGCAUUCACAGUUUCCUUUGCCGGAUCAAAGGCUACUGAAUAUUUACUUUGGACAGCAACUCACAAGGCUCGGCAAGAGAAUGUCGACAAGACAACAAGCUCUUGCCACUGCCCAGGUAUAUAUCAAGAGAUUUUACACCAAGAAUGAUAUCAGGCAUACAAACCCGUACCUUGUUCUGACCACUGCGUUCUAUCUUGCGUGCAAGAUGGAAGAAAGCCCUCAACAUAUUCGGUUUGUUGUUGGUGAAGCGCGUGGUCUUUGGCCAGACUUCAUUACUCCCGACGUUGCAAAGAUAGGCGAAUGCGAGUUUGCUUUGAUAUCAGAGAUGAAUUCACAGCUUAUCGUGCAUCACCCAUAUCGAACGCUGUCAGAGCUUCAACCGGAGCUAGCUCUUACAUCGGAUGAAAUGGCACUGGCUUGGUCAGUGAUCAAUGACCAUUAUCUGACCGAUUUACCAUUGCUAUAUCCGCCUCAUGUCAUCGCUGUCAUGGCCAUCAUCGUGGCUGUCGUCUUCAAGCCAAGCCAGACAAGCUUCCACGGGUCCGCAACACCAUCCUUGGCGGGAGCGAUGAGAGAAGGUGGUGUGAAUAUCCUUGCCGCAUUGGGGGAUAAGAAUGGUUCCGGACCUCCUCCCAGAAUCCAAAAGCUCAUUGGAUGGCUUGCGGAAAGCGAAGUCGACAUCAAAGCCGUGAUCGAGUGUACUCAGGAGCUGGUAUCACUGUAUGAAGUGUGGGAGCAAUACAGUGAGAAGCACUGUAAGGAACUCCUUGGGAGAAUGGUGAAGAGCAAAAAUCUUGACAAGUAAAGUCAAUGCUGCUUUGUUUAUGAUGUAAGGGAUAGUGUUGAGUCAUUUGUGCAUACUGGCGUUUGGUUUACAUUUAAGCAUCAAGGUUCAAUUUGUCAUAUCAUUCCAAUUUCCGAUCAAUAUUUGAGUAUUAUCAGAUUUUAUGAGACUAGCUUGACAUGAAAGCCCUGUCUAGACCUGGUAUGCAAUUGCGUCAACAUCCCCAUAUUCUUUCCGACAAGAAAGUCAACCUUAUAUAACAUCGACACUUAAAAAUCAACAACAAAAACAAGCUCGAAUUAAGUUUACCCUAGAAUCCAAGAAACACAAACAAGCAAGUCCUGUAUGAUGUAUGUACUCCAUAUGUACUAUCCUGUGCUCCAUACUCCAAAAUGUAUGUGUACUGUACGCAUACCUCACCCUUGCCUACAUGUCAAGGAAUGUACGAAAUAC